AUGAUGAAGCUUUUCAAGAGAGACUAUGGUUCGCACGAGUCGCUAUCCAGUGAUCCGGACCUGGAGGAUGCUAUGAAAGACCCAGAAUCCGCCAUCUUUGACAGCACAGCCUCACGAGAUCCGGCGAAGCUAGGAUUUCGUGGGGACUUCAUCCUGUGCAUGAUUGUCAUCCUAUUGUUCUCUGGACUUGUCGUCGGGCUUUGGUCGGAAAUGGGGUGCGGCUCUGUCUGCCUGCACUUCCUGCAGAGACAUUUCGCCGUUGUUUUCAUCUGUGCUGCCGGAUCUGCCGUGAUACUGGUGCUGCUGUACUUGCUAGACUUUUUUAUGCCUCCGCAUCUUCCUGGCGAGUUUUUGGUUCUUUAUUCUGGAGAUUCAUGGCUAGGGCGCGGGCUGCUCACUGCUGCGGUGGCUCAGAUCCUUGUGGGUAUCCUUUUCCUUGCAGACAGGUUUCCAACGGCUCCGCUGGUUUUGACAAUAUUUCUGUGUCCGACCGGUCUGAUCUUGGUGCGCCAGCUCACGAAGCCGAAGCCUCGUUUCCACUUGGAUGCGAAAGGCACUGCUUCCCAAGAGCAAAACCUCAAGGCUCGGCUUCGCAUGCUGAAGAUGGUCACUGGUGAGGAGAAAGAGCAGCGGAUCUUCUACAAAGCAGCCGCCAUUGCCUUUUUUGUGACUGCCUUGGUGUGUAUAAUUGUUUGGAUCCCUUGGGCUGUGACCACCUCCGUUCGCUUUGACGUCAGCACAGAUCCCGUCGAGAGAGAGAUGAACUUCGUGCGUUGGGCCACGCCGCUCAUCGUUGGCAUUUGCAACCUCAUCUUUGCUAGCUUUGCUGCUCUACGCGUGGCCCUGGACAAAACCUAUCAAGGGACGGAUCACAAUCGUGCGCAGAUCAUCCUCAGCUCGCGCAGUCACAUGAAUCGCGAGCUGAUGGAUUUCCGGAUCGCGAAGCUGCGAGUCCAGCUCGCUUCAGAGGACGCUGAUGUGGGAACACAGUUGCAGCGGACCCGCGACCGUGCACAGCAGUAUUUGAUCCAGCACACUGCUCACAUGAGGCAGUUGUCCAACAUCGUUCAGACAGUUGGCUGUGGGUUCAUCGCACUGCUGGGAGCCCUGUUCAUUGCCUUUCAGCUUUGGGCUGCUGACAGCCACAUCGCAGACAUGGUCCAGUGCUUCCUGGCGUUCUUUUUCUUGACAUUUCUUGCCUUCAUCUGCCUGUCCUUCAACCGGAUCUGGCAAGCCAUGAGCGCAUGGCUGCAGGAUUUGCCCAUGUGGAAGUCGAUGUUGGGCAUUUGCGAAUCCAGCUGGGCCCGUGCUGGAUUUCUGGUUCUGAUGCUGCCGCUGCUGCCGCUUGUGCUGGCCAUGUCAGCUGUGAACCAGGCGGUGCGAUCCCUGCGGGGCCUCCAUCCUGGCGGCAGAUGCUUGACAGAGCGAAUACAGGCGGUCUUUGCGCAAAUGGCACGAUGGGAGUGGGUUUCCAUUGCCUCCUGGGCUUACGUCAUGGCUGUAAUCCUGAUCUUGUACAAGAUCAUCCCGAUCUUUCUGAAUGUGCUGCUGGCCUGGCUCAAGUCUUUCGUGACCAACCUCCCAUUCCUGGGCAUCCUCGGCUUCACCUUUGGGGCUGGCAUGUUCCUAUUCAUGCUGCCCCCGGUUCCAGGACCGCCAAUCUACCUUUUCGGAGGCCUUGUCAUCUCCGGCCGCAGUCCCUAUGGCUUCUGGUGGGGCUGUGUCAUCUGCAUUCUCCUCUGCGUCGUGCUUAAGCUUGCUGCUUGUGCCAUCCAGCAGAAGAUCAUUGGACAAAUGCUGGGAAGUCGCCAGUCCAUUCGCCGCAUGGUUGGCAUUCACCGCCCAUUCAUGCGGGCGAUCGAAUCUAUCCUCCGAAGGCCUGGUUUCAACUUCGGGAAGUGCAUGAUUCUCUGCGGUGGUCCAGAUUGGCCGACGUCAGUGCUGGCAGGAAUCAUGCGUAUCUCCCUAAUCCAAUGCACUAUCGGCACACUGCCAGUGAUCUUCUCUACGAUUCCGUUGGCCCUGACUGGCAGCUUCUAUCUGAAACGGGACGAGAGCGAAGUCUGGGCGAGGGCCGGCAAUUUGAUGUUCUCGCUGACGGCCCUGGUCUCUGUGACUUUCUGGGCGGGGAUGGGCUGGGCGAUCCAGGAUGCAUUCGACAAGCUGAACGAUCAGAUCCAUGCCCCGAAGGUGGAGUUUGUGGAGUUGGAUUGGUUGGAUUACUGUGAGGACCGCAUCAAGGAGAAAUGUCAGCUGAAGGCCGGGGACCUCCCGGCUUUGGUGCGAUUCUGCCAUUUCGGCGGUGCCCUGCUGAUGGUCUUCGUGGCACAGGUUUUCUUCUGGAGGGCUGGCAUGUGCUUUGGCACCUUCAAAGUCACCGAUGACCUGGAGGGCUUGAAGUGGUGGCCGUGGAGUGAAGGUUCCGGAAAGCCAAUGAUAAACCAAUAUGGCCUAAGUGGCCUUUUCUUGAUACUUGUUUCUUUUGUGCUGCUGUUCCUCUCGCGUGCCUGGCGGGGCCGUCACAAUUCUCAGACGCGGGAACACGUCAUGAAGGAGCUUCGUGGAGAAGAGGAAGCGUGGAAGCAGCGAAGGACAGAGGAGGCUGAGAAUUGGGUACCGCCGAGAAGUGUUAGUGGAUCGCCAAUCAUUCGGAGUGCCUUGGCCAAGCCAAUGCCCGACUCGGACAGUGUGGUGAAUGUGGUGGCUGCAGCGUUAGAGGGUGCAGAGUUUGCAGAUGAGAAAGCGCUGACGAAGCUUGGAUUGGAGGAUCUGGAUCAGCCAAUGGAAACCGAGACACAAGUUCCCGACGAUGAGUCCUCAUCCUUGCCUCAGAAGCCCGCCAUGACCGCCAUCACUCCAGGUGCAACGGUAUUCGGUCGGCCUCCCGUGGAAAGCGAUGACAGCUCGACUGAUCCUGUGACGAGCCCACCACGCACAUCAAUCAGGCUUUAA